GUCACACUAUUGUAGAGCUUCUUGUUUGUUUACCGUGCUUAUCACUGCCCCAUUUUGUGGCUAUCUAAAGUUUAGAUUCUAAACUUUAGUCCGAGGUUGAAGCUGGGGCUGCCCGGCCAAUCACAAAACAACAAUGAGCAAUGAGCACUGGAUGCGGGACCUGGCGCCGGAGCUGCGAGAUCUGUCAAUCAUCAACCUGGCCAUUCCCGGCUCCCACAAUUCCAUGACAUAUGGCAUUAGCAGAAAGUCGAAGAUUGCUCCUGAUGCGGAGACAGCUAUCCGGCGAUGGCAUCGUUUCUUUCCCUGCAUAGUGCGACGUUGGUGCAAGACCCAGUCCUACGGAGUCCUCGACCAACUCCAGGCGGGCGUGCGCUACUUCGACCUGCGAAUAGCCCAGGAGGAUGGCAAAUUCUACUACUGCCACGGGGUGUUUUCCAUGGAGGUGUUUGAACCACUGCUAGAGCUCAGACAGUUUUUGGAAACACAUCCCGAGGAGGUGGUCAUCCUGGACUUGCAGCACUUUUACGCUCUGACCGUGGCGCAUCACCAGCAAUUGCACAAGGAUCUGAUCCAGUUUUUCGGUCAUCUUCUCUACUCCACUGUCGAUGGACCGCUCAAUGAUUGCUCCCUAAACCGAUGCUUGCAGCUGCGACGCCAGGUGGUGAUCAUCUACCGUCGAUGUCCGAUUCCGCUGCCCCUGCGCUUUUGGCCCAGCUUUGCGUGGCCCACGCCCUGGCCAAACAAAGCGAGCGUAAAGAAACUACAAUCCUUUCUCGAGGAUUCUCUUCUAUCCCGUCAGCCACAUCAGGGAUAUGUCUCCCAGUGCCUUAUCACACCCACAGGACGGUACAUAGCCUUUCGCUUCUUCUUAAGCCUCAAGUCGACGGCGAAGAAAGUGGACAAGAAGCUAGAGCCCUGGAUAGUGGAGCAAGUGCCAGGGCCCUUUGAGAACAAGGAAACGCCCCGCGUAAAUGUUUUUCUUGCCGAUUUCGUCAACCUUAAGGACGGACAAUUCUGUAACUUAGUCCUGGAGCUGAACAGCAAAUUACAGAUACGAAUGAAGGAGCUAGAUAUGGAAGUAGAAUCAUCAACUUGAUGGUUUUCUUCCUUCGGUGAUAUUUAUUAUUUAAACGAAAUUAGUAAGGAAUAGUUUGUAGCUUUACUGUGAAAUCAAUGUCUUUUGUAUUGUGCUUUUUGUAUCUUAACCCAGAAAUAACGCACAGAAACUAUUUCCACUU